AGUUAAUUUAUGCACAUGUGAAUAAAAAGUGAAUAAAAAAAUACGAUCCAAAAUUAUCAGUGAUUUUACAAAUUUAUAUUUCAACAAUGUUUAUAACUCCCUUGUUUUUCAAGCUCAAGAUCUUCAUGCCGAGCUACUAAAGCAUAUUUGAAAAUUUGAGACAUGCAGACCUGUUUUUUUGAAAUGAGUUGUUCUGCCCACAUACCAUAUAGUGCAUUUUUAUAGUUCUCAAUUAGGAAAAGAUGAUUUGAGUGUAUGGCAACCCCCGCGAGUGAAUAUAAGAGCCGAAGAUCGCUCUGCACGAGCCCAAACUAAUCCAAUUAAAAAACAAACAAUAAACAAAUACGAUCGAAGGAAUUGUUUUUGACGUGCGUAAUGCGCCUGUGUGGUAACGUGUUUGUUUACGCUUCCGAUCUAGACAGUAAACCAAAAUAAUUAGCGUAGAUUUAACAACAAAAAGCGAGCCCUCCGUGCGCGAUAUUUCGCCAGCGAUUGCGAGAGCUCAAAAAAAGCGCCCAAGUCAUAAAUAUCGGGCCUAAUCAGAUGGACGCUGGAGUGUAAGGGCGCUAAUUGGGCAUGCUACAUAUGUACAACUAACUGUAAGCUGAUCGGAUCGAAAAAACAUAGGUUCGGUAGAAACGGCGCAAUAUGUGGGGGCGACAUCGCUGCCGGCAGAAGAAGCUAAAGAGGAUAAGCGAAAAAUAAAGUUCAAAACUCUUUUCAAGUCCCAGCUUGGCAACAUGCACUGCGGCAACAUGCUGCUGGCCGUCGGCCUCAUGUUGCUGGCGCUAUAUGGCCCCUGCGCCGAAUCCAAAACGGAGCAAGAGUGCACCAGCAUCGACAUCCGAAACGAGUGCAAGAACAUGCAUCUGCUGGACAACUGCACCGUGGUCACCGGAUACGUCAUGAUCACGCUGAUCACCAUCGAACAGCGCUGCAACUUCUCGAAGUACUCAUACCCGCUGCUCACCGAGAUCACCGAGUUCAUGAUCUUCACCGACGUGCGCGGCCUGGUCAACAUCACCGAGAUGUUCCCGCACCUGACCGUCAUUCGAGGUCGUCGGCUGUUCCUCAACUACGCGCUCGGCGUGACCAACAUGCACGAGCUGGAACAGCUGGCCUUUCCCAAAUUGGUGGCCAUUCAACGUGGACAAGUCUACAUCGGCAACUGCCCCAAGCUCUGCAGCAUCGCCCGGGUUAAUUGGGAUCUGCUGACGCUCACUAGAGGCGAGAACAACAUCAUAAUGGUCAAUAAAAACUGCAGCACACCGGUUUGCUCUGGAUGCAGUUCCUCGCACUGCUGGUCGAAUCACUACUGCCAACGAUCCGUCAACGAAAAUGUCGCCAAUCCGAAGGGCAACAUAAACGCAUGCCACGAGGAGUGCUUGGGUGGCUGCAAGAACAACUCAUCAUCCCCAGCUGACUGCAGCGUCUGCCGCGGACUCAGUGAUGAUGGUGUCUGCGUGAAGAGCUGUCCGAAGAACAAGUACGUCAUGGAGAACUAUCAGCGCUGCUAUACGAAGGCCGAGUGUGUGCUAAAGCACGGCUAUGUUAUUUCCGGAACACAGUGUGUGGCUUUCUGUCCCAGCGGCUACAAGACGAACAACCUUUCGGAGUGCGUGCUCUGUAGCCCCGAUGAGGCUUGUAUCAGCUUCUGCACGCCGGAGUGGCCAGGAAAAGCGUUUACCGUAUACAAUCUGGCUGAUGCCGAGAAUUUGCGUGGCUGUCAGAUCUUCAAUGGCAGCCUGGUCAUCACAAUCCGCAACAAGGUGAACGAGACGCAGUUGUACCAGAGCUUCACUAGUAUGCGCGAGGUUCGGGGGCAUGUAAAAGUCUAUCGUUCCUCCCAGCUAAAAAGCUUGCAAUUCUUGAGGAAUUUGGAGCGCGUUCAUGGUGAUCCCCUAGAGAAUCGCCACUACUCCUUCAUACUUUAUGACAACAAGGAGCUGUCCGAGUUGUGGACACCCUCGCGGCAACUGGAGUUCAUGGAGGGCGGCAUGUUCAUGCAUCGCAACAACAAACUGUGCAACCGGAGGAUGCGGGAGUUUCAAAACGCUGUGACCCAUGAUAGAGCCCUGGACUCCCUGCAGACCAACGACCAGGAGGUGCAGUGCAGCCCCUCGAAAUUGAAGCUAAAUGUGCAGAAACGAACCCAUCGGUCUGUGAAGCUAAGCUGGCUCAAGUCACAAACAAGCCAGAAGAUUGAGGUGAUCCACCGACCUUUAUUGCCGGGGAAACUAUACCACGAAGAAAGUGAACUGGAAGCGCCCAUAUGUACACGAAUCAACUGGAAACGGCGCCUCCUCUUCCCUGACGAUCUGAUCGAAAAUGGCACACACUAUCUUUUCGACUUGGAUGAUCUUCAACCGGACACACGGUAUGCCGUCCUGCUGCGUACUUUCGGCAAUGAUGAGUCACAUGAGGCGUAUGAGGCACGCAGCGAAUUGACCUACGUGCAGACGGAGCUGGACAUUCCGAAGCCUCCGUUGCUAGAGCUGGUCAAGAAGACGGAUAGCUCGCUGACGGUUCGAAUGGCCAGUCACGACCAUGUUAGCUUUCUUCUUACAGUCUUCGAAUUGAGCGAUGAUCAGGCGUAUAUAGAGCAGAGGAACUACUGCCACCAGCCGUCGUACGUGUGGCAGGACAUGGACGGCCCCAGGUGGAUGGCGUACGAGGACUACGACGACUGCUGUGCCCAGAAGGCCGAGCAGUUGGAGGAUUCUCGAUUCAUUGCGGACAUGAGGGAACAAUAUCGCUGCACCCUUGAUGAUCGCAAGCAGUGCCGACGACUGGCACUUACAGAGGCCUCGCUUCCACAGCUUCGGCUGCCGGGAAACACCACGGAGUACGAGCUUAAGGCGCUGCACCGCUAUCGCCUGUAUGCGCUUCAGCUGCAAGCCUGCAAUCAACUGGGAUGCAGCAGCCACACAACGCUCUACGGACGAACGAACUAUACAAUGGGUGCCGAUCUUCUCACCCAACUGUAUGCCUGCCAUAUUCCGGAAUUGGACAAGUACAUUAUGCGCUUCCACGAGCCUGAGAAGCCCAAUGGCCUGGUGACCAACUACGUAAUUCACUUUCGCAACAACUUCUCGCAGACACACGUCGGGUGUGUAACGCGGAUGGAUCACCAGAGUGCCGGCUACAUGUACGUGAAGCAGAUAAACAUAACUUUCACCAAGUGCGCUGUGCGGGUUCAUUCCCUGGCCGGGGAUGUGAUGACGCCCUACAUGCCAAUCAGCCUGUGCAGCGACGAGGACCGUCUACAGGCGUUUCACAGCAGGGAGGCCAAGGAACUUUCGCCAGAAAUCACAGACAUGCCAGCGACAGCGUCACAUGGCCGUGGCAUUAGCAUAUUCCUUAUCUGCUUCCUGUUUGGGUGCAGUGUAUCGCUGGUUUGGGUUCUUUACAAGCGGCGAUGUUGGAGGAAGUUGCCGGGACUCCGGCGAUAUGUGCCCGUGCGGGAGCAGUGGCUGCGGGACCGACAACAAACUGAGGAUCGCGAAAUCCUGGUCGACGGUUUUGAGACAGUUCGUUUUCAGAACAACAACAACAGCCAGGCGGACGAUUAUCCCAUGUAAACGAUAAUAUACAUUUGUAUGUGAAAACUUA